AUGGCCACUGAUCCAACGACAACGACGGAUCCCAUCGCCGCCGACGGUCCCACCGCUGGCGAUGAAGGCUACGACACUGCAUCCUCCAACGCAGGCAGCACCUACGCCACAACCAUCAGUAGCUAUAUCCGCGAAGGCAUCGAGGAGAACGGCCGGCAAUAUGCCGCCUAUGGCAAACAUGCCUACGGCCUCCCCGUAGACGAGCGCGAGCAAGAGCGCAACGAUCUCCAACACGUGAAGUUUAACAUGCUCCUUGGCGACAAACUCUUCACCUCCCCAAUCGAACCCACGACCAUCCUCGACCUUGGCACCGGCAGCGGCAUCUGGCUUUCGACGUCGCCGACAGACGUCGAAGACGAAUGGCUGCUCAAGAAGGAUUCAUUCGACCUCAUUCACGCUCGUGAACUCCUGCUCAGUAUUCGAGACUACCCCAGAUUGUUCAAGCAGGCCCUCGACCACUUGAAGCCGGGAGGCUACCUAGAAGUCAACUCCUCCCUCGCCACACCGACCAGCGACGACGGAUCCCUACCCGAGGACGCCGCGCUGCUGCAGCUGCGGGAUAUGUUCUUUGCCAUGGGCGAGAAGAUGGGCACGCCAAUCGACUGCGUUAAACAGUUCAAGAAGCAGCUCGAGGUGGCCGGGUUCGUGGAUGUCGUGGAGAAUAUCAUCAAGAUGCCUCAGGGACCUUGGCCGAAGGACAAGCGACUCAAGAAGAUUGGUGCCUUCGAGAAUUACUCGCUGAGUACAGGGAUGGAGGCGUACCUGAUGAGGGGGUACACGGCGGUGAUGGGUGGAGAUCCAGACCAGUUGAGGGUGAUUAUGACGCAGGGAUUGAAGGAGUUGGCGGAUCCGAGCAUACAUAUGUAUGCGUAUUUGUGA